CGUCUCAGUUCCUCCUUUCUCAGGACAGCAUCAGUUAGGCUCAUCCUUGUGUACAUUAAUCAACACAUCAAAUCGAUAUCCCAUAUUUCUGAAGAAACUGCAGCUUUCAAUUUUUGUUUGCCUGUCUAAUCGGUCUACUGAAGAAUAUACCAAUGGCAAAGUUCGUGCGGUCUUCGAAGUAUAGACACGUUUUUGGCUCUGCCGCAAAGAAGACAGAGUGCUAUGACUCGCUGCGAAUAACGAAGAACCCUUUAGAGAACCAUUUUAUAGCAAUAAACGCCAAGUUUAUUGCACUGUGCAUAGAUGCAGGAGGUGGUGGUGCCUUUGUUGUAAUUCCACACGAUAAGUAUGGAAGACAAGAAAUAACUGCCCCCAAGGUAUGUGCACAUGAGCAAGAUGUGCUAGACUUGGCAUGGAAUCCAUUUAAUGAGCAAAUCAUUGCAUCAAGCUCAGAGGAUGGUACUAUCAAGAUUUGGGAUAUCCCAGAGGGAGGCCUUAUCACCAAUUUGACUGCACCACUACUGACGUUUGAUUAUCACCAGAGAAGAUGCAUCAACAUACAGUGGCAUCCUGUUGCAAGUAAUGUGCUGAUGAGUGUAUCACAAGAUCCUAGCAUUGUUAUUUGGAACUUAGAAGAUGGUACUGCAAUAUGUGAGAUCGACUGCCAUCCUGAUCUUAUCUUCAAUGCAGAGUUUAGCCGCAAUGGAGACAAGAUUGCAACUACUUGCAAGGAUAAGAAAAUCAGGAUCAUCGAUGCCAGAACCGGUGCAGUACUAAUUGAAGGUAAUGGACAUGAAGGAGCAAAGCCCCAGAGAGUCACAUUCAUAAACUUUGACCGUCUUUUUGUUACUGGGUUUUCCCGCAUGAGUGAGAGGCAGUAUGGUGUUUGGGAUCAGAAUGACCUGUCUACACCACUGAAUACAACACAGCUAGAUAAUGCAAAUGGAACAUUAAUCCCAUUUCAUGAUUCAGACACAAGUAUGGUUUAUCUCUGUGGAAGGGGUGAUAGUGUCAUUAAAUAUUUUGAGUUGGUUGAAGAGGAGCCUUAUGUUCACUACUUGUCUGCAUACCAAUCAAAUACUUCAGCCCGCAGCUUAAACUGGAUGCCUAAGCAUGCACUGAAUGUCAAUAACUGUGAAGUGGCAAGAUUCUUCAAAGUCCAUGCAAAAGGAAUGAUAGAACCAAUUUCAUUUACAGUUCCGAGAAAGUCUGAAUUGUUUCAAGAUGAUAUCUACCCAGACACACCAGGGAUUGAGGCGGCUUUGACUGCAGAACAGUGGGUAAAUGGUCAAAGUGCAGAACCCAUCCUUGUAUCAAUGAGAACUGCAUUCAAAGAAAAAGAGAAACCAAAAGUGAAAGGUCUUGGAUCUAAGGGCCUAGGCAAAGGUCUUGGUGCUGGUAAAGGGCUUGGUGCAGCAAAAAGUUCUGCAAAACCAGCAGAGAAGACUGAGUCUGCUGACCCUAAACCAUCUGUUGUUGCUGAGAAGCCAAAAGCAACUGAACCUGCUAAAUCAACUUCAUCCCAUUCCGCCGCAUCCCAUGUCAGCACCGCACCAGCAGCUGAUAACAGUGUUGUGAAAGCCCUGCAAGAGCAGGUGCGAAAGUUGCAGGAGGAGUUAGCCAGCACAAAGAGUGAGUUGAAGGCCGUCAAAGAGGCUUCAAAGAAGAAUAACGAGAGGAUAGGCGUAUUAGAAUCAUUGGUACAAGAAGAAACCGAUGAAGAAGAGGAGAAGAAAUAACAGCUUGAUCUAAUUUGGUUUAAAGGUUUUAGAAUUAAAUUCAUUUUAUACUAGCCCAAGACCCCAAUACUAAAAAGCUAUAUUCUUGAUUAGUUAUUUCAUUCACUAAACCAAGCAGUUGUCCAAAUCGCUAACUUUUCCUGCCUUUUCUUAACGUACCUAACUUAGGGAUCAAUCUUUCAAAUGCGUCGUCUCUGGGUACAAGAUUUUUAUUGAAAUAGUUUUCUAUCGUGACAAUUGCGAAUAUGAUUGUUUUUGGCGAUUAAUGACAACAAGGUUCAGAGCACUUCAAAUCUAGCACAUCUGAAGAUCAAUUAAAUAAAAUCGCAAUUGGGUCUGGUUGUAAUGCGGAAACCAAAAGGUUGAUAGUUUCCGAUCCAUCUUAUAGGUAUCUUCGCCAUGCUUAAUUCUGUGGGUCUCCAAUAUUCUUACCUGAGAAGAUUCGAAAUACUAUGCUAAAUUGACGUCAAUCGUAAUUUUGUAUGAAUAAAAUGUUUGAGAUCCCAUCUUAUGUAUAUUUGCAGAAUAGAAGAGAAUUUUUCA